AUGACUUAUCAUCCAUGGCACCACCUGUCGUCCCCUACCAACCCUUUCAUCCGCUGCGCAAACGUCGUGUUCUCCACACGCAGCUCCAUGGAGCGCUGCAGACGCGAUGGCGACGGGAAAUCCCACGUCGCGGUGCUAUUCGUCGAGAAGCGGAUUUCGCCCUGUGAGCACUUGAAGAAGUUGAAGACUGCGGGUGGUGUAGUGGAUUGCGGUUGCUGGCGUCAGGGUGGGACGGGGUUAGUGUUAGUCCCUGCUUUGAUGCGAUACGUUGCUGCCAAAGGACGUUGCGACAGGGUGAGUCUGGAUAUCUGGUUCCUGCUCCAAUGA